AUGAGAACCUCUGUACCUGCCAGUACAUAUGGCAAUAAGGGUAUUGCGGAAGAUGGAGACUCAGGGAGCGCCUUUUGGCACCUAUUUCUACGGGGCAUCGACAAAAGGCAGGAGAAGCUUGCCCGCUACAACAAGACUGCCAUGACCAGUUUGUUGACCUUUGCAGGUCUUUUCGCCGCCACUGUCGCGGCGUUUUUGGUGGACGGCUACAAGUCUCUUUCGCCCGACCCGAACAUCCAGGCGUUUACGACGGCGCUCAACCAUACGAAUGCGCUCCUGGCUCAGCUCGUACAGUCAUCAAGUCUGAAGCCGGCGGUGGCCGCUGAUCCCGCGGCCUUUCAUGCCCCCCGAGUCAACGUCGUAUUCAACACGCUUUGGUUUUGUGCUCUCCUCCUCUCCCUCCUGUGCGCGCUAUUGGCCACGCUUGUCUUGGACUGGAUGGCUGAGCCUAUUGAGAUCAUCGACUUACGCGCACCGGAGACCUUGGAGCAAUACGCGCUCAAACGCUUGGGCUCAUUCAUGGGCAUCCGCCGGUACGGCUUGGAUCGCUUAUCGACGGCAGUUGUCGGUCUGAUGCAUCUGGCCGUGAUAGUGUUUCUUAUCGGGCUAUCGAUGUUCCUGUUCACCACCAACUCGGUUAUCUUCCUCGUCGUGGCGAUUGGCUCCGGCCUUGCUUCAGGGUUCUACCUCCUUGCCAGCCUGGCACCGAUGCUGGACAAGGAUUGCCCUUAUCGCACGCCUUUGACAUACUUCUUCCUCAUCUUUCUGAGCACCUUUGGCGCACUCAUAUUGAGCAUCAUCAUAUACAUUGCCAUCGUGAUAUCUUCCAUAGGAAACUGGAUUCACGACAGGAAGAUCGUCCUCCGCGACAUAACACUGCGACACCUGUGGCAUGUUAUGAAAAGGAAUACUGCUCUGAUGCCACUCCUUUCACAUCUAUUCAAGUCCUGGUUCAAAGGCGAAUCUGCAGCGGAACGCCAUGACAUCGUCCACCGUAACUACCACCCGUCGCGCGGUCGAACGACGCUAUCUGUCAAAGAGCUGCUGUACGUGACGACAUACACGGAUCUUCUGCAGAAUCCGAGAACCGCUCAGUACAUGGCUCGAAGACUGUUUGACAUGGAGCGCGAGGGCAUUGCUGAAUACAUCGCUCAGCUUCGCGAACACCGCUCAAUGGUAGCGAGGCUGGUCUCAGCGUUUAAUCGCGUCGACUCUCCACAAGAUGCCAUCGGCUCAGUUCGCCUCUUGCAGAUGCUGCUACUGGCGGACGACCCAGCCCGUGUCACCAGCAGUCACGACGAGGUUGCGAAACGCGAGGAUGCACGCUGGAAACAACUGCGCGCCCGUUUGAACGCGGCUUGCUCGUUUGCACGUUUGAACGCCCGUCGUCCGUUCGAACGCGGCUUGCCCGUUUGA